CAUUUGCUACCUAAUUACAGCUGUCAAACAAGGAAGCGCAGCCAAUUUACUUCAGCGAUUCGGCAAUCCUCUCACCGCCACGGGACCGAUUUCGGCCUUUCUCUGAUUACCAUGGCAACUGCUCCUCCCCACUACCGGAAAUAAGAUACAGAGCACAUCCCUAAACGGUCCGGCUAGAAACCUAGGGAACCUUCUAUCGAGAGCAAACAGAAACGGCUCUGUCGAUUCUGCAUCGGAGAGAAUGAGGGCUAUUACGGCCAGAUAGUACACAGGUUCCUGUGUUGCACACGGAGCGACUGGAUGCGAUUUUGGACGAAGAUUCUCUCCACCACCGUCCCUGGAUCCUUCAUUGCUGGGACGAUGUUUCCAGCGGUCCGCCUUGGCUGUGACGCAGCGACGAGCGCUCGCUGGCCCGCGCUUUUCAUCCGCCAAGGUUUCCCCCUGCGGGUUCUCUGGCCUCAGAAGAGGUUGCUGAAGUUCGGUUGCUGAAAUUCGUCUUAUCCAGCGGCAGCAAUCUCCCUUGAAUCACGAAAUGCCGUGAAGUGGGAUCAGUGGAUGUAUCUUAGAUGGCUGCUCACAAGUUUUUAAGACCCCAGAUGCUACUCACCAAGUCAUUAGGUCUUUCAAAAAUCCAGAGGAAGAAAAAUGUUGCAACUUAUUCACCAAUAACGGGAACUUGUCAGAUGAGCCCAUGUGUUUCUCCCAUAAGCUCUAAAGAACAGGAGCGCAGAAAUGGACCAUCAAAUGGAAAGAGGGAAAAAUUGAAUAACCUCAAUUCCAGAAUGACUAAAAGAAAGGAAUCUACAACAAACAACAAUGAUGAAUUCAUGAUGUUAUUGUCUAAAGUUGAGAAAUCAUCAGAAAAAAUCAUGGAAAUAAUGCAAAAUUUAAGUAGCAUACAGGCUUUGGAGGACAGGAAAGAGCUUGAAAACCUCAUUGGUAUCUCCUGUGCAUCAAGUUGCUUAAAAAGAGAAAUGCAGAAAACCAAAGAGCUAAUGACAAAAGUAACAAAACAAAAACUGUUUGAAAAGAGAAGUGCAGGACUUUCUAAGAAAGAUUUAAAACAUAAGACCAUUCAUUGGGUUGAUACAGAUGGAAUGUCACAUUAUCAUCACAUGAAUUACGUCACUUUGACAGCUAUGAAUUCCUUAAAGCCAGUUUGAACUGAGGCAUUUAGAAGAAAUACACUAUGAACACCAACUUCUGCACCUCCCUGAUCAUAUUUAAAGGAACAGAAGAAAUGUUUGUAAUUAAUCUGCCCAGUAAAUACCAGAUCAUAGCACAAGGCAGGUGCAUGUCUAGAUAAAAUUUCUUGCAGCUAAUUUAAACUUUCUACACACACCAAUAGAUAAUCUCAAUGUAAAUAAUACAUUUCUUGACCCUUUAAUGUAAGUCCACAUGUACAGGAGAAUCUUGACUUUCACGUACCUCCGUUUAUACUUUUAGUGCUUGUGGUCCGACUUAAUAAAGCAUUUAUGAAAACGUC